UCCAUGAUGGUGAAGGUUGUAAUACAUUUGUUCUUCGUUAUCUACAUGACAAUAUGUCAAGUGCAAGGAGACUUUUCAGCCAUGAAUUGUAAGAACACCAGAAAAGGGCUAGAAUAUCGAGGAACGACAUCCGUGACCAGAUCAGGUCGAACAUGUCAGAGAUGGGAUAGCCAGUACCCUCACUAUCAUGCUUUCUACAUACUUCCCAGUAGUAAUGAAAACUUCUGCAGAAACCCAGACAGUGAUUCUAGGCCAUGGUGUUAUACUACUGACCCGCAGAAGAGAUGGGAGUACUGCGAUGUACCAGUUUGUGUCAAAAAUUGUAAAUGGGACACACAAGGACUACAAUACAGAGGGAAAACCAACGUUACCAAAUCAGGUCGAAAGUGUCAGAGAUGGGAUAGUCAGUACCCUCACGGACACAGCGACACCGACCGUCUUCCAGGAAAUGCUAGCUUAAACGAAAAUUUCUGCAGAAACCCAGAUCGUGAUAGCAGCCCAUGGUGCUAUACAACUGACCCGUUGAAGAGAUGGGAGUACUGCGAUGUACCAGUUUGUGAUUGCGGCCAGCAUCCAAACGAAUCACUGAUCAAGUCCAGACGAAGAAGAGACACCGCGGGAGGAACACCCAUAUUUCUGAGAAUAGUUUCUGGAAACUUUGCGACCAAAGGAAUGUUCCCUUGGCAAGUGGGCAUUAGGAAAAUCCACAAUAAAACAAAUACUACACCACACUGUGGAGGAACCAUUCUCAGUUCAUUCUGGAUUCUAAGUGCUGCACAUUGUUUUGAAAAAUAUGGGAAAUCACAACUGUUAAUAAGAGUUGGCGUCUGGAACAACAAAGUACCAGAUUUAUACGAGGAGGAAUUUGAAACAGAAGAAAUUUACAACCAUACUACGGAAGCGUUACGAUUGAACGGUCGAUUUGUGAUGUUUUACCUCUGGCACUUGAGAAAAAAUGACACUUCAAACAAUGACAUAGCCUUACUAAAAGUGAAGCCUAAUAAGCGUGGCCGUGGUAUAUCAAUGGGUUCAUAUGUUCAGCAUGCCUGUCUGCCAUCAGAAGAUACAGUGUACAGUGAAAACCUGGAUUGUUACAUAUCUGGAUGGGGCAGCCUAAAAAAUGGAAUAUCUCCACAUCUCCUGAAAUAUGCACAAAUUCCUAUUGCAAACCAGACGAUCUGCAAAGAACUUUACAAACUGAAAGGCUAUAACAUAACGGAAAGCAUGUUUUGUGCAGGUUACUUUAAUGGAGGGUCUGAUACCUGUGAUGGAGACAGCGGUGGUCCUCUGGUCUGUAAAGUCAACGGGAAAUACACUGUCUUGGGUGUAACUUCAUGGGGACACCGCUGUGGGCUUCCAAAUUUUCCAGAGGUGUAUGGCAAUGUAAAAAGUCUUCUGCAGUGGAUCAGAGAGACACAUGCUGCGUAUUAUUCAUUGAAUCUUCGGACUUUUUCAAAUCCAGUUUGCUAUAUCUGCACAGUUACCUCAGUGGACUAUUAGUUGUAAAUUCUGUAACAUUCC